CAACGCUCAAUACUAAGAGUGAACCUCAACGCUCAAUACUAAGACAAAUCAGCAUUCUACCGAGCAGUGGCUGGAAACCGAUACUUUUGCAGAAUCACUCCGAACUUCAUACUUUCAGUCUCACUCUUGAAUGAUACAUGGGAACCACUUCCUGAUUUAUCGCGCAUGUUUGUUUGUCGAGGCUGUUUUUCUCUCAAGAUAAGGAUGGCUGAACGACACAUCUUUGUCUGGAUUGUGCUUCUGCUUGUGGGGAAAAUAUCUGGAGCGCUGGUUUCACACACCCCAAGCUAUGAGGUCCAGGAGCAGCCUGAAGGGAUUCCCAACACAGAGGGCCUGCAGCAGGUGACUGUGGGAGAGUGUGCUCUUCUACCCUGUCUGCUCCCACACCCACUUCCCUUUCCGGGUGACAUCCGAGUCUACUGGCAAACAGCCAACACAUACCAGGUGGUUCACGUCUUCAACAAAGGCCAGGAGGAGUUUGAACAUCAGGCCUCCACCUACCGCAACAGAACCAGGCUCUUCACCAGUCAACUGCAGUUUGGUAACUUCAGUCUGGAGUUACACAACGUCUCUGAGCAUGACAACCUCACCACCUUUCAGUGUCUUGCAAUGUAUGAUGGAAGCGGGAGGGUCAAGUACCUGAGCAAUGCUACCUUACAGGUGUUGAAGGAAGACGUGAAUCGAUCGCAUGAUGAUGAUGUGGCUGGAAACGCUACAGUGACUGCGGUGGCUGUUGCUUUUCUGGUGCUGAUCCCCCUUGCUUUGGGUGUGGUCUGGGGCAUGAGAAAAUGUCUAAAAAAAGGGCGUGGCAAUAUCCACCCUGUUUAUUUUCGCAAAAUGCCAAGUGGAUCUACUGAGAGAGACCAGCAGCAGCAGGACGAGAUUGGAUCGACUGAGAGAGACCAGCAGCAGCAGCAGGAGCCUCUGGUCAGCAACGGACAAGAAGGAGAGGAGCGGAGAGGAGAGGACAGUUAGAGCAACACCUGAGAGUCAUGCAAGGAGAGGAUGGGGAUGUGGGAAGAGGAUUUGCUGCUCCACUACAUUGUUAAAUUAAGUUCAGUCCUCUCUCUUGGACCCCUGUUACACAAACCACACAGUCAACCUGAUGCAUAAGAUAUUCAAUGGUGUCUGAUUGUUAAAAUGCAAGUCAGCAUUGUGUAUAAAUAUAUGCUUGGGCAGCCGUGGCCUACUGGUUAGGGCUUCGAGCUUAUAACAGGAGUGCUGGUUCAAUCCCCGACCAGUCCACGGCUGAAGUGCGCAAGGCACUCCCUGAGCAAAGUUAGUGUGCGCUUCACCUCACUGUGUGCUGUGUGUGUUGGAUGGGAUGAAUGCAGAGACCAAAUUCCUUGUAUACGCAAGUAUACAUGGCCAAUAUCCCUGAUUUGAUUUGAUUUGUCGCUUGAGGGAAACCAAUAGCACAUAUAUGUUACGUUUAUAUAAUGUGCGUGGCCAGCUAUUGGGAGACAAAAAUGGUAAUGGUACUGUGUUGUGGAUGAUUAUAAUAAUCUUAAAUUGGAGGUGAGACGGAGUCCACACAUUAGAAGAUGAAAGGGAGAUUCCUCAUCUCUUGGUCAUCAUGUUAGCUCUGCAGAUAUGAUCCUGACAUUAGUAAGGAGAUGAUUGGUCAUCAUGUUAGCUCUGCAGAUAUGAUCCUGACAUUAGUAAGGAGAUGAUUGGUCAUCAUGUUAGCUCUGCAGAUAUGAUCCUGACAUUAGUAAGGAGAUGAUUGGUCAUCAUGUUAGCUCUGCAGAUAUGAUCCUGACAUUAGUAAGGAGAUGAUUGGUCAUCAUUGUUAGCACUGCUUACAGUAUAUGAUCCUGACAUUAGUAAGGACAUGAUCGCUGAAUGUGACUGAAUAUGUCAUGGACUUGAAAUCGUGUACGACUGUGGUACAGUAAAGUCUAA